AUGUAUAGUAAAUCUAAAUCAAUACAAGCUCGAGCUGACGUUUCUGAAUUUUAAGAGCCAUAGUAAAAGAACUUUGAACUAAAUUAAUCAAGAUAGACUACUCAACGGAAUAAUGCUCAUCCUACGAAGAAUUAAUCUACCGCAGAAGUAGAUAAGGAAAAUCAUAAACUAUUGGAGAAAUACGGAACAAUAAAUGGCAUUAGUUUUGAGGACUUACUCAAAUCAUAUAAUUAGGAAUUUUCAAGAGAAGGGAUUAGGCAAUCAGUGAAUGAAAAUAGAGAGAGAAAAAGUAGGUCAGUUGAAGUUUAGGUUAUCUCAAAUAAUAUUCAAAAUCAGGAAAAUAUACUAGAUAUUCUCGAGUCAGAAGAGAAGAAAUUAUAGACUUAAAAAACAUAACCUAUCUUCCAAGUGAAGCACACUUAUCCUAAAAACAAUAAUAAAGUUAUAAAUAAUGGUAGAUGGACAAAACAAGAGCAUAAAUAAUUCCUAGAGGCUCUAACAAUUCACGGGAAGAAAUGGAACAAAGUAUUUGAGUAUGUAAGUACUAGAAAUGAGUAAUAAGUGAGAUCGCAUGCUCAGAAAUUCUUUAGCAAGCUUAAAAGUGCCAGAGAUUCUAUUAAUCCAAAUCUUCAAAAAGUUCUGGCUUCAUAUAAUAAUAGAUCAAAAGAAUUUAACAAAUAUGGAAUGAAUUAAGCAUUUAGAAUAUUUAGAAGCCAUGCAAGAAAGCAAAUAGAAAAAGACAAAAGUCAUUAAGAGAAAGCCUUCCAAUUUAAAAGAAAUCAAGUGCUUGAGAUGUAACGGCGGCAUUCAGAAUAAUAGGUAUUGAUUUCAUCACCUCUAAUGAUGUCCAAGCAAUCUCCAUCAAAAUUUACAUUUAAAAUACAAAAAGAAGAUGAUUCAAAAGAUUGUAAUGGUAGUUCUAGUGAUUUUCAAGGGUCUUAGUUGACUAUUAUUAACUCAGUAAUGUCUCAAUAGCAAAAUGUUGGUAAAUAAGCUCAAGCAGAUCACUUUAACUAACAAUUAUCAUCGCAAGAAAUGAUAUCAUCAAACUAACUAUUACUGAAUCAGAUAUUUAUUGUGACAAAAGAACAAAAGUUAAAUGCUUACAAAGAAAUUAAUCGAAAUAACUAUGAUAAAAACUAUAACCGCGAAAGCCAAGCUUAUUCUGAUUCAACCCCUGAUAUUGAUUCUAAUAUAGAUUAAAGCCAGCCAAUGAUAAUAACUGAAGAGGAAUUGCAAGAAUUUUUAUAAUGGUAAAAAAUGUAAAGGGCAUAAAUUCAUUAGGAAAAUCCAUAAAUUACCAAUCCUUAAAAUCAACACCAUAAAAGAUAAGAUUCUAAGCUUGGCAAUUAAGGAUAACGAGAUGUAAAUAUGAGCAGAGAUAGCUUAGAUUCGAUAUUCUAAAGGAACUUUGAAUAACAAUAGAGAAAUAGACUUGCUACAAAACCUGAACAGGUCAAUAGACUAGUAGACAAUAUGCAAAGAUUUUCGAUUGAAGAUAAAGACUAAGCUUGUGAUGACGGCUAAAUUUAUGAGUAAUAGUACAAUUAAAAAUCAAGUUAAAAUGAGAUUCCAAGAUUUUCCAAUGAUUCAAGGAUGGAUAUCAAUUCUAUAAUAGAUGAAUAGCAAGAUCUCUUUCCUGAUAGAAAUAGUAAGAUGAGUGGAGUAUCUUAGUUCCUCAUAGCAUCUCCAAAAGCUGUCUCAGGACAGCUUAAUAAAUCUCACAACAUUGACGAUUGUAAUUAGCAAUAUUUGAGACGUAUUUCCAAAGAAGAGAUUAAUAGUUUGCUUAGAGUAACUAAUAUAGAUUUCUUAGAUUAAAACUUCUAGCAGCAUAAUAGUGGCUCUAGCAUGAAUAUAAAGAAUGGCAGUUGGCUUAGCGGUGGUGCUGGUGUCCUAUAAGCUAACCCAGAUUUUAAAAUUCAGAUUAGUAAUGAGAUUAGUGGAAGUAAUAGCAACAACUUCUUUAGUAAUGAAGUCAGUGGUAUAUUUGAAUAGUAGCUUGUUGAAGACCUAAAAAGAUUCAGAGAUUUAUCAUCAAAAUAGAAGAGAACUAAUUACUCUGGUGGCAUUAACUAAACACAAUAUAACUAGAAUCAGCAUUUUUCUGAUGACAGCUUUAAAUCAAAUAGAAUGGGGACAAACAUAAGUAUGGAACUAAUCAAAGAUGUCCCUUAUCAUGAGAAUCAUUUUUCUUGA